AUGCAGACUGCUUCUACAAACAUUUGUGAAAGACUGUGCAAUAAGUCCAUCUGUGAAAUUUCCUUGCCACUAAAUAUUCUAUGAUCAGCUGUUAGUGGUAUUAUAACAAAGUGAAAACAACUGGGAACAACAGCAACUCAGUGGUAGGCCAUGUAAAAUGACAGAGCGGGGUCAGUGCAUGCUGAAGGGCACAGCGUGUAGAAGUCACCAACUGUCUGCAGAGUUAAAGACCUCCAAACUUCAUGUGACCUUUAGAUUAGCACAACAACAGUGCAUAGAGAGCUUCAAGGAAUGGGUUUCCAUGGCCGAGCAGCUGCAUCCA